UCUGGUUGGUAAUCGAAACAGAAACAGAAGACCCACCAACAGAAAUAAUAAGAAAUUCAUUUACAGAAUAGUAAACGUGCUGAACUACAGGCAAUUUCAGUUCGAAAACAAAAACAAAAAUAGAUACAAUUUAUUUAUUAAUCUGUUUCGAUUGUGCUGUAAAUUUGUUUGAAAAUCAUGACAAAAAUUAAGUUCACAGCUGAAGAUGAGGAAAAAAUAAUAGAUUUCGUAAGAAAUCACGAAAUUCUUUAUAAUAAGCGCCAUAAAGAAUUCCGUGAUGUUGAAAAGAAGCAAUGUUUGUGGCUGGAAAUAGCAGAACAGCUCGAUAUUAAAGCGGAGGCCGUCAAGGGUAAAUGGACCACCAUGCGAGAUUACUUCAUGCGAACCAGAGAUAAGAAAGUAAACGGCAGGGUCGUACCACUAACGAAACGAGAGGAAUCGCUUAUGUUCUUAAUGAACACUUCAUUGCGAAAGAAAUGUAACGUGAAAUCCACAACUACUACAUUUAAGGCCACUAGAUCAGUAAAACACACAGAAAGAGCCAAAAUUCAAAGCACCGAAUCGCUUACGAAAACCGAACGCACUUCCAUUGCACCACCCGCAGAAGCACCACGACCCUCGAGAAAACGAACCACUGCCGUUGCAGAAAUAAAAAAGGGAACACCGCCAGAAUUGGUUAGCAGCAAACGUCCUACAUUAGUGGAACCACUAGAGUCAAAGCCUUCAAAAGCGCCAUAUAUGUUAGCUAAGCAUUACAGUUUACAAAUCUUUUUCGAAUCUAUAUCCAGUACAAUGCGCACAUUCCCUCCCUUGUCGAUUGCGAAAAUAAAAUUGCAAAUCUCACAGCUAGUGGGUAACGAAGAAAUUGCUUUGGCUGAAAGAAAUGCCAACACUGAAGUCUACUACCAGACAAAAGAUCAAAUAGUUUAUGAAAAUGAAAUGGAAAGCGAAAUUAACUACGAUCCCAGCAAUGAAUCGGAUGAGUAA